UUUUUUUAAUGUUUAUCUAAUGAUGUUAGAUAUUUGCCCAGCUAACUAGACAAAACAUUGUGCUAUUGAUUGUUUUAGUCAGCUAGCUAGGCAUUAUAGCUAACCAGCUGGCUAGUUACUUAGCUGUCAACAGCAGUACAUCACCUACGUUACAGUUAGCUAACGUUAAGCCAGCUAUUAUUUUAUCACAAGUAAUUCAUAGUUUGUUUAUCAAUGUCGACUCGUGUAAUUUUUCUUAAGUCGUGUCUUGUUGCUCAUGGAAUGUAGCUAGCUAGUUCUCAAACUCUUAUUAUCCGUGGCGUAGGGUUUUCAGCGCUUAGCUUCGCCCACGCAGUAAAUUUGGGUGGCUGCAUAUGAACUACAAUUCCGACGCGGUGUGUUUUGACGUUUAGAAACGUCAAUCAUCGCUUGCAAAAUGGUUUUUGAAACACGCUGAUAUGACACCCCUUAUCUUUCAUGUCAACUACAAAGAUGCAUACAAAAUAGUUACUGUAGUAGUUUUACACAUCCAUAACCCCCCCUUAACACUAGUUAAGUCAUAAACCCUGCCUAUUUCUACAAUGUAUCUUAUUAAAUAUCUGAUUUUAAACCUAACCUUAACCCCAUUAACAUUAUGCCUAACCAUAAAUUAAGAACACAAAAGCUCAUUUUCAUGAAUUUUUACAAUAGCCAAUUUUGACUUGUAUUUGUGGUAAGUGUCAACCUCCCCUGGCCAGAAAAUACUAUCCUCAAUAGGGUAUAUCAGCACAUGUUUCGUAAACCAGUUUGAAAGUCAUGAUUAUUUACGUUUCUAACGUUAAUACACAGCUUCGGAAUUGGAGCCAAUGGUGGGCGAAUGUAACCGCUGAAAUCCUACGUGCGAAGGUUUUUCUAAAGCAAACUUUUGGUAUAGAUGGGGUCGGAAACUUUCCAGUAAAUUUCCAGAUUUCCCCCGAAAAUGUUCUAUGGGAAGUUAAGCCCGGGAAUUUAGCUUAAAUUCAACAAAAAGGUUAGCAUAUAACAGUGAACCUUCUUUUGUGGGAUACAGGAGGCAAUUUUAGGUCUUGUGGCAUAUUUUGGUUAAACUGUCCCCAAUUAAAUGGAAUUGCAACCCUCUGCAUGCACAGUGUAUUCUUCCAUCACAUGUGCAGUGCACUCUUCCAUCACAUGUACAGUUGAUUCUCAAGAUCUUGCACAAUAAUGAGAUGCUAUUGAGCCCACACUACUACACUGUCUGAGCCAAGGACUGCAUGCUUUAUGGUUGUUGUGGACAUUGCUACUGCCAUGCGUGUUUCUGUGCAUGCUCCUGACCGCCACCCUGGUCGUGCUUGUCAUGGGUGUGCGCGUGUGGCUGCAGGCAAACAGGAACGCACGGCGAGCCCGUGAUGGGCGUCCCACGGUGGCUUUCUUUCACCCGUACUGCAACGCGGGAGGUGGUGGCGAGAGAGUGCUGUGGUGUGCCCUCAGAGCUUUGCAGAAUAGGUACCAAGAUGUCAACUUCAUGGUGUACACGGGCGACCAGGGUGUGACGAACCAGCAGAUUCUUGAUGGCGCCCGGCGGCGCUUCAACAUCCUUUUACCUCGACCCGUCCAGUUUGUCUUCCUCAAACACCGCCUGUUGGUCGAGGCCAGCCUCUUCCCCCACUUCACUCUGAUUGGUCAAAGUGUAGGCUCAAUCUUCCUUGGUUGGGAAGCCCUUACGGAGUUUGUCCCAGAUGUCUACAUCGACUCCAUGGGUUACGCCUUCACUCUGCCUGUGUUUAAAUACCUAGGGGGUUGUCAUGUGGCUAGCUACGUGCACUACCCCACCAUCAGCACAGACAUGCUGUCGGUGGUGCGCGAGAGGAACCCCAGGUUCAACAACGCAGACUACAUCUCCAACAACUUGUUCCUGAGCGCGGUCAAGGUUGUCUACUACUGCCUGCUGGCGCUGCUCUAUGGUCUGGCCGGCUCCUGCAGCGACGUGGUCAUGGUCAACUCCAGCUGGACCCUGAACCACAUCCUGACCCUAUGGCGAGCGACCAACCGCACCUGCCUAGUCUUCCCGCCCUGCGACACCCGCGCCUUCCUCCAGCUCCCGUUGGAUGAGGACUCGGACCGGAAGUGCCAUUCCAUCGUUUCCAUUGGUCAGUUUCGACCGGAGAAGGACCAUCGGCUUCAGAUUCGCGCCUUCCGGAAGGUGCUGCAGAAGAAAGAAGCAGGGCUAGUUGCGGGGCCAGGAGGAAGGGAGUCGCUGAGGUUGGUGCUGAUUGGUGGAUGCCGGAACCAAGAGGAUGAGGAUAGGGUGUUGAUGCUGAGAGGGCUGUGCCAGGAGCUGGGCGUGGCGGACAGGGUGGAGUUUAAACUCAACGUGCCGUUUGAGGAGCUGAAGAGGGAGUUGGGGGAAGCUACGGUGGGACUGCACACCAUGUGGAACGAACACUUCGGGAUAGGGGUGGUGGAGUGCAUGGCUGCUGGGACCGUCGUCCUGGCCCACAAGUCUGGAGGCCCCAGGCUGGACAUUGUGGUGCCCUACGAGGGCCGCCAGACGGGCUUCCUGGCCGAGGAUGAGGACGGCUAUGCAGACGCCAUUGAGCGCAUCCUGGCCCUGUCACCCUCGGCCCGCCUGGAGAUCCGACGCAACGCCCGCCUCUCGGUCACCCGCUUCUCCGACCAGGAGUUUGAGGCCUGCUUCCUGGCCGCCAUGGAGCCUCUCAUGGGGACACUGGAGCGAUGAGGGGUGUGGGUGGAAGUGUGUCACGCUCAUGGGUGUGCGCGUGCAUGCAUACUAGCCAUUCUUUUAGUUGACAUAGGAUACAGUUUGUGUUAAAAUGCACCAGGAAUACGUUGACUUAAAUGAAAGAGAAGUAUUUAUUGACGUGUCAGUCCAGGCGUCCACUCUCUUUCUAGAGGGUCUUAAAUGUUUAGUAUUUGUUUUGUUUUCAAGACCCAUUACAUUUUUCCAGUGUAUUUUGUACUUGAGGCAUAACAUUUUUAGUGCUCGUCUAACCUCCCAAGUUCCCCGUCUCGAUUGUCAAUGCGUACAGAGAGCCGGCUGGUAGACUAGAUUAGUGCUCGUCUAGCAAGGACUGGACACAACUGUGAUUUUGAUGGCAUUCCAGGUUGUCUUUUUUUCAGUCAAACUACAAAUAUCAGAAGAUUAAGAUAAUUAGGUGGGUGCUUACAUUUGUAUUAUUUCACACGUGUGAAUUGGAAAUUGUUUAUAUCCCACCCAGUCAGGGAUCAGACGUUAUUGACGGCAACCCUGGAGCAAUUGCCUUGCUUACAGGCACGUCAACAUAUUUUUUUCACCUAGUUGGCUCGGGAUUUGAACCAGCGACCUCUGUUACUGGCCCAACGCUCCUAACCGCUAGGCUACAUAUAGUGUUUAAUGUGGUUCUUGGGAUGUGAAACAUAUCUCUAGGCAUUGUGAGAUCUGAUCUCUUGUGUAGUGUGACUACAAAAAAAGACUACCUGGAAUGACAGCAGUGUCUGACUGUCUUUGAUGAGGACCAAACUCUGUUCGCUGACAUCGUUGAGCGAGAGGGUGGUGACGAGCCUGUAGAGACUAACUUCACAAUUCUGAUGACUGCAGUGAUUAUUAAGAUUGUUACUUAACAUUUUUAAAUAACUAGAAAUGCCGUUCUGUAUCCUAAGUAGGAAGUAUUCUUUUUAUAUUAAAACAUUUAUAAAAUACAA